UGAUGCCAAUUUGCGUGUAAUUACACGAAAUGCGUGUAAUUUUUACCCCUUGCGUGUAAUAUGCGUGUAAUGGAAUUUUGCGUGUAAUUUCUGAAGUAGCUCAUAUUAGAGAGAAAUAUAAAGAAGAAUAAUAAAAGUCAUGUUCUGAGUUCUGAAUGAUGUAAAUUGUUCAUUCAAGUGGCACUGACAAAUUUGAAUCGUCUUGUCUUAUUUUCUUAUUUAUGUUUUUCAAUUUUAAGCAUUUUUAAGCAGUUAUUUUUAUUUUGGUUACUUCUGAAAUUUAAAAUUUUAACAAAGGAGUGAAAAGUUUGAAAUAUUAUUUAAUAUAUUAUUAUUGACUAAAAUGGACCAUUGGUUGAGGAAGGCUAUUUCAAACAAACCUGAAGAUAGAUGUGAAAUGUCUUCAUCAGAAUUUUUAGUAGCGCCAAGUACAUCUAGUAUUAAGGUUGACGAUACUAUUGAGUCAGAAGUGAAAAAUACGAAGAAAACUAGAAAAUAUAAAUUUUGUGAGUGUUGGUUGCAAGAAUCAAAUUUGAAAAAUUGGUUGACGAAGUCAAAAGAUAUGGGAAAACAUAAAGAAUGUCAGGCUUUUUGCAAAUUAUGCCAAGUAAAUAUUCUACCUCAUAAGGCAACCUUGUUGAAACACAGACAAUCUACAAAACAUAAAUUUCUAGAGAAACAAGUUUCCACCUCUUCAGAUUUAUCAAAGUUAUUGAAUAAUCCAUUGUCUGAAAAAACGAGACGAGCAGAAAUCAAAUUAGCAGGCCUUCUGGCAACUAAUAAUUUACCAUUUUCAUUAACAGAUGUUUUGACUCCCCUACUUCUGGACAUUUUUCCCGAUAGCACAAUAGCACAUGAGAUGUCUUUAAAGAAGAAUUUUAUAAUAUUCUUAGAAAAAAUGGCUCAUUUUUCUCUAUUAUUAUGGAUGAAACGACUGACUUUUCAACCAAGAAACAAUGUGCCUUUGCUGUUAUAUAUUAUGAUGCAUCAAAGAACAGAGAGCUGUGUAGAUUUUUUGAUAUGGUAGAACAGUGUUCUGAGAGGGCAGAGGAUUUAUUCAAGUGUUUAAAAAAUACCAUAACUGAUAAGAGAAUUCCUUUCACAAAUGUUGCUGGCUUUUCCGCAGAUACAACCAAUUGUAUGUUUGGCAAAGAGCUGUCUGUUGCAGCUCUUUUAAAAACAGAACUUCCUAAUAUCGUAACUAUAAAAUGUUCAUGCCAUAUGAUUCAUUUGUGUGCUUCUAAGGCAUGUAUGGAACUUCCUCGAUCUGUUGAAGAUUUACUAAAGAAUAUUGGUUCCCAUUUCCAUAGAAGUGCUCGAAGAACAGAAAAAUUUAAAGAAUUUCAAGAAUUUUUUGGAGUAGAAAUCCAUAAAAUUCUUUCUCCUUCUAUUACUAGAUGGCUCUCCUUGAAAACUUGAGUUGAUAGAGUAUUAGAACAGUUCGAACCACUUCAUAUGUAUUUUAGAGAAUAUGUAUUUUCUGAUCCUUCCAAAACAACAGAAGAUAUGCUGAACACAAUGAAUAAUAAAUUUACCUUAAUAUAUUUGGAA